AUCAGUUGUAGUUGAUCGUUUGUCCGGUGUGUUCAGCUUAUAAAACCGGAUCUAUUAAUUGAAAAUCAAUAUGCGAUUCUUUGCAAUCGUCACUGUCUUUGUGCUUGGUCUUCUGGCUUUGGCCAAUGCUAUUCCGUUGUCACCCGAUCCAGGAAAUGUUAUCAUCAAUGGCGACUGUGUGAAUUGCAAUGUUCGUGGUGGCAAAUAGAAAUUUUUAAUCAAAACUUAUAUUUAGCAUCAUAAUAAAAAUGUAAUAAAAUGAAAGCUAUAUUGUAAAUUGU